AUGGGACCAUCAGGUUGGAAAGCGUCCAACAUUUUACUAAGGAAGAGCGGAGGCGCGCCGCUGCCGCCGGGCGAGGUGGCGGUGGACCGUGCCGUGCCCUGGGGCACCGACUCGCUGGUCACCCUCUUCUUCCAGGAGCAGCGCUACGGCCUCCAGACGGCCGACCACCGCUUCCUGCGCAACGACGGGCAGCUGGUGGAGCGGCCCGAGGCGCGCACCGGCUACACGCUGGAGUUCCGCGCCGGCAAGGUGGCCUUCCGCGACGUGGAGGGCCGCUACCUGGCCCCCUCGGGCCCCAGCGGGACCCUCAAGGCCGGCAAGAGCGCCAAGGUGGGCAAGGACGAGAUGUUUGUCCUGGAGCAGAGCUGCCCCCAGGUCGUCCUCCGCGCCGGGAACGAGCGCAACGUCUCCACCAGGCAAGGAAUGGAUCUGUCUGCUAAUCAGGAUGAAGAGAGUGAUCAAGAAACCUUUCAACUGGAAAUCAACAAAGAUACGAAGAAAUGCACCUUCAGGACCUAUACUGGGAAAUACUGGACCCUCACCUCGAACGGCGGGGUACAAUCCACUGCCUCCACUAAGAAUGCCAACUGCUACUUUGACAUCGAGUGGUGUGACCGGCGCAUUACGCUGAAAGCGGCCAAUGGCAAAUAUGUGACGGCAAAGAAGAACGGGCAGCUUGCAGCCACUGUUGAAACUGCCAGUGAGACGGAAUACUUCCUCAUGAAGCUGAUUAACCGGCCCAUCAUAGUUCUUCGAGGAGAGCAUGGCUUCAUUGGUUGCCGGAAGGUAACUGGGACCCUGGAUUCAAAUCGUUCCUCUUAUGAUGUCUUUCAGCUGGAAUUCAAUGACGGGGCUUACAAUAUCAAAGAUUCCACUGGGAAAUACUGGAUGGUGGGCAACGAGUCGUCGGUCAUGAGCAGCAGCGACACUCCGGUGGAUUUCUUCUUUGAAUUCUGCGACUACAACAAGUUGGCCAUCAAGGUCAAUGGCAAAUACCUGAAGGGCGACCAUGCUGGGGUCCUCAAAGCCUCCGCCGACGCGAUCGACUCCUCCACCCUUUGGGAAUAUUAAAUGCACUUUAGCUUCCUUCCCUCAGCUCUGUGCGCUCUUCCUCAUCCCUCUCUUCCCUUUUCAGUUGCCAAUUCUUUUUAUUUUUCAAUUUUGUUUGUGGGUUUUGGGGUUGUGUUUUCUUUUGUUUGUUUUUAUUUUAUUUCAUUCUGGUGUGUCUUUUCCUUUAAAAAUGAAAAGUGCAGGGUUCUUUCUGACUGGCCUGCUGCUUGUCUCCUGACAUAUAUAAAGUUUUGAGUUGAUCUUUUCCUUUUGUUAUACAUGUUUUCCUUUUUUCCUUUCUUUUAAAUAACUGGAAAAUGUCAUUAACCUGCCCAAAGCGACGCAGAACGUCUUCUGCGUAGACCUUUCGCAGGGUUGUGGUGGAGAGCGAAAAGGUUGUAAAGGUAGGCUAUUGAAGCCCACCGCCUCUUGCUUAGGAGGGUGAGGGCUUCUGAAUUUAAAAAGGGAAUAAAUCUCACUCUGCUGUCUCUAUUAAAGUAGAACCGAUCCCCUUUCUACUGUCAAGAGACCCUUUGGGUCAGCACAGUGUCUUACAGCUGAUUCGGAGGGGCCGUUCUUCAACCCAAGUUUUCUGCCCGGUGGGUGGCGGUGGCCUUGUGUAAGGAGGUCCUUGCUUCUGAUCCUACCUUAACUGCCUCCUUUCUCUAGUGAAGGCAGAGAAAAGGUACCGGAGCGUGUCUUACAACCCUUUGAAGCAGAUGAAGAGAGGGGAAGUUGGUGGAGUAAGAGGAUCCGUUUUAAUGGCUGUCUUGAGCCAGCAAACAACUGCAGUUCAGAGGGACUAGAAACUUGAUACGCGCACGAAAAUGAGCAGUAAGAACUAGAGGAGCCCCAGUCGUUCAUCUUGUGGGAGACCGAAGGGUUCCUCUUCUUUCUGCUUUGAGCUCCUUCGGGUCCCCUUCGUGCUUCUAAGUGCCCAAGGAGCCACUCCAAGCUCCUCUUCGAAAAGCCAUGGCAAACUGCACUCGGGAGACGCUGCCUUACUGUUCUUCUCCACCUCCCUCUGGAAGGUGCCCGACGUGGUUGAUCUUUUACGCUCUUUCUCUUUUUAAGUAUGGGAAUUGCCGUCUUUAAGGGACAUCAGAAGGGCCAGGGCGACCUGAAGAGAGUUCCCUGUGGAUGACAGUGUUGGAUAGGUGUCAAGCUGCACAUCUCACUUAUCCCAGGAUCCCUUGUGUGCGUUCUCCCCCUUGAGAGCUUAUUCCCCUGAAUUGGGGUGCUGUCCCCCUCCAUCCUGCAUCUCAGUAGCACCCGAUGAUUGCACAAACUGGAUUCCCAUACAGAUCAAGAGCCACAGGCUUUUGUGUGUCCCUCUCUCUAUCUCUCUUCUGGCCUAUAUCGUACCUCUCUUCAUUCUGGCUUUAUUUGGGAACCUAUUGUUCUUGAAGGAUAGCUGUAUCUCAGCAGCUUCGUGCGGGUGAAGAAGCCAAGAUAGGUUCUGGGGGAAGAGGGAGGUGAACCAGGAUCAGAGUAAAGCUAUGUCGAAAUGCAUGUGUGUAUGCCUGUGGGGGGGGAGUGCAAUCCGGGAGGGGGGUCAAACUUCCCUGAUAGGCACUUGCUCAGAAGCGAUUUGCUGAUGUCCGUUUGCAGCCUGGAAAGCUAUGGAAAAGAGCAGUCUUUUGCACAGUAAAUGUUCAGUUCCGUCUUCUCUCAUCUCAAGCCGACUGGAAUUUUCUGUCCUCUUUCCUCCUGUCUCCCCCCACCCCCCCGGAUCACCAAUGUGAGGGUGCGUGUUUAGGCAUCCGUUUUUGACUUGCGUGCUUGAAUAGCUUCCCUAGUGGUUCCCUCCGUGCCCUGUGCCUGCUACUGACUUGUGUUCUCAAGGAGGGCCUGUCCCCAUUUUUAAAGCAUCUCUGAUCCCCGUGGGCCAUUUUACGAUUCCAUGCUCUCUGCCUGCCUAGUUCCGCCAAUGGAAAGAUGACCAAAACAGUGUGUUUAUCUAUUUAUGUACGCUCUCCGCAGAGCCAUUUCUUCUAAUAGCUUUACUGUACUGUAUAAUCUCGGCGAAUCAUUUGUAAACACGUUGCUUAACUGUUCGGGAGUUUGGAAACGUUUUGCAUACCUGCACACUUCGUUGUUUCUUAUUAGGUACCUUCCUGGGGGGGCGUUAUCUCUGUUCCCUUAAGCCAACCCUGUUAAUGCCUCUGAUUUGGGCAAUCGAACCUUAAGCAACAGGGAAGGAGGUUCAGAUAAGAGUUGUUGCUACAGCUCUAAAGCUGAACCUGUGAAGUCAUUCAUCCCAUAUCACCUCGGCAGAAGCCACAUGGCUGUUACCAUUGCUAACACUCAACGGGUUAGUCCUUGAACUGUUAAAUGCAGAGCAGCGAGGGGACAGGACAGAGGAAUCCUGAGCCUUAAAAAAAUAAAAUCCACACUGCCAUCUUAAAGAGGUUUUCUUGCCAGGGAUACUUGGUGCUAAAUUCUCCAGCAGCUGGACUUACUUGCCUUACAAGUAGCAUUACAUUCCAGGACCGUAUAGGAGCGAAACUUGGGAUAAUCAGAAUUUUCCAGCUGCAACAAAGAUUUUCUGCACGUUUAUAAAAAAAUGCAACUUUGGGAACAGAGAUGACUUGCCAAAAAGCCCAGAUGUCUGGUCCCGAUUUCUCAAACACUUGCUGGCCUUCACGUUUCAUACGAUGUCUCCCGGAUCUAUCUUCUCUAGUUACCAGUUUGAAUCAUGAUGUAAACCCACUGCCUUCCCGCUGCGUGUAAAACCACUGAAGUCAAUAAUUCUCCUUGCCUUCUUCCUUGAGUAUUGUGGUUCUGAAAAAGCAUCUCACAUUUUGGUAUAUUUUGUUAAGGUUUUUUUUUUCCUUUUUAAAACACUUUUGUAAGUGCCAUUUGUAUAACAAGCUUCAAAUGGAGAAGAGAAGUGACAAAAUAAAAACCUGCAUUCAGAUAAGAAAA